GCCAAACUUUCCUUCUCGUCCCACCCCUGGCUAGUGGAGGCAGAGGGUCGCGGGUGGGAAGGACCCUGCUUGGGGUCGGUUGACGCAUCCCCGAGGGGCCCGGCGGAGUGCGCCCGGGGGUCCGUGCGCUGAGAGGGGCGCACGGCAUGGCGGAAAACCGAGAGCCUCGCGGGACGCCGGUGGAGGCCGAGCUGGACCCGGUGGAGUACACGCUUCGGAAGCGGCUCCCUCACCGCCUGCCCCGGAGGCCCAAUGAUAUUUACGUCAACAUGAAGACCGACUUCAAGGCGCAAUUGGCCCGCUGCCAGAAGCUGCUGGAUGGGGGCGCGCGGAAUCAGAAUGGGUGCGGUGAGAUCUACAUCCACGGUCUGGGGCUGGCCAUCAACCGUGCCAUCAACAUCGCCCUGCAGCUGCAGGCCGGCAGCUUCGGGUCCUUGCAGGUGGCGGCCAACACCUCCACUGUGGAGCUGGUGGACGAGCUGGAGCCCGAGACUGACGCGCGGGAGCCCAUGACACGGAUCCGCAACAACUCGGCCAUCCACAUUCGUGUCUUCAGGGUCACCCCCAAGUAACGAACAGGAGGCUGCCCGGGUGGGCCCUUGCACCCCGUCCUUCCCCUCCCACGUCCACCUGCCUGUCAGGAACCUUGUGGAAAAAGGCUGUUGGUUUACAGCCUAGAGGACUGGACCCCAACAGCUUCCUGACUCUGUGGUUCCCAGUUGCUGCUGUC